GUCACGCCUGCGGAGCUGCCGCCGCGCGCCGGUGGGGCGCGAGCGUGUGCGGGGCGCGGGCGCGGGCGCGGGCGCGGACGCGGGCGCGUGCGGGCUGCGAGCCGGGAGGCGGCGGCGACGGCGGCGGCAUGGCGGAGAGCGAGGCCGAGACCCCCAGCACCCCAGGGGAGUUCGAGAGCAAGUACUUCGAGUUCCAUGGCGUGCGGCUGCCGCCCUUCUGCCGCGGGAAGAUGGAGGAGAUCGCCAACUUCCCGGUGCGGCCCAGCGACGUGUGGAUCGUCACCUACCCCAAGUCCGGCACCAGCUUGCUGCAGGAGGUGGUCUACUUGGUGAGCCAGGGCGCUGACCCCGAUGAGAUCGGCUUGAUGAACAUCGAUGAGCAGCUCCCGGUCCUGGAGUAUCCGCAGCCGGGCCUGGACAUCAUCAAGGAACUGACCUCUCCCCGCCUCAUCAAGAGCCACCUGCCCUACCGCUUUCUGCCCUCUGACCUCCACAAUGGAGACUCCAAGGUCAUCUAUAUGGCUCGCAACCCCAAGGACCUGGUGGUGUCUUAUUAUCAGUUCCACCGCUCUCUGCGGACCAUGAGCUACCGAGGCACCUUUCAAGAAUUCUGCCGGAGGUUUAUGAAUGAUAAGCUGGGCUACGGCUCCUGGUUUGAGCAUGUGCAGGAGUUCUGGGAGCACCGCAUGGACUCGAACGUGCUUUUUCUCAAGUAUGAAGACAUGCAUCGGGACCUGGUGACGAUGGUGGAGCAGCUGGCCAGAUUCCUGGGGGUGUCCUGUGACAAGGCCCAGCUGGAAGCUCUGACGGAGCACUGUCACCAGCUGGUGGACCAGUGCUGCAACGCUGAGGCCCUGCCCGUGGGCCGGGGAAGAGUUGGGCUGUGGAAGGACAUCUUCACUGUCUCCAUGAAUGAGAAGUUUGAUUUGGUGUAUAAACAGAAGAUGGGAAAGUGUGACCUCACGUUUGACUUUUAUUUAUAAUAACAGAAACAAGAACCUGCAUGCUCACAAUACCCAGACACUCUACUAGCCAAAAGUCCUGUAUGCAUUCAUUUAUUCCUUGCUGGACAAACUCUGGAAGCAGCGUGUGAAACAGCGGGGGAAGGGAAGAGCGGCAUGAGCGGAGGGAGUGUGAUGAUUCCCAACCAAAAGCAGCUGUCUCGCCUUUAGAACGUGCAGCCUCUCCAUGUCUGAUUAGUCUCCACAUUGCAGUUCCAAUGGCCUGGACCAUAAGGAUAAAGCCUGUAAUAUAUGCAACUAGAAUGUCUGCCUUUUCAACCCCGUAUCAUUUAUUGUAUUUUAUAGAGCUUUUCACUGGAAAUCUACAUAAAUGUCAGUAAACCAAAUAAAAGUUCAUUUCCAAGGGGAAUCAGGAGCGAGCCACACCCGAAUGGUAGAAAGAUCUCAGGGUUAACUCUUUAUUUUUGUAGUUUUAUUAUCUAAGGCACAGCCAUUCUGUUCUUACUUGGUUCUGAGAUAAUGGAGAGAACAGAGGAUGAAUUGGGUCUGUUGGGGGGAAUCUGGACACUUGUUUAUUCUGACGGAGUUCACUUCUUCAGAACCUUCCUGAAAUAAAGCAGAAGUCGUUCACUAGGUCUUCAGAAUGGACGUCCCUCUGCCAGAGACUUCCAGUGGGCAGCUCCAAAGGCCCAAUACAGAGGAGCCCGUGGAGCAUGUGCUGAGGGAAGUCUGCCUGGUGGGGCUGGCAGGUGGGAGUCUAACGCAGUCAGGAGCAUUUGCAUGCAGUGGGUGGAGAGUCGGCCACCAAAGGACCGAGUUGCACUCGGAAUUUGAGCUGAAUCCCACAGCCUUACUUUGUUUCCUGAAGUGAUAGCCUACUAAUGCUGGCAAGCAGAUGCUUAAUAGUAAAUUUCUAAAACCCCCGGGUCUUUAUCAUUCAGUUUGUUCUGUGCACCUGAGGCGCUCAGCCGUGGAAGGACCAUUUUGCGAGUGUAGCCCUGUUUCACUCGGAUCAGGUUGGCACGGCCGCCUGCGUGUCUGUCCACCUCGUCCCUCCGUGUAUCUGAGGGAGUAAAGGUGAGGUCUUUAUUGCUUCACUGCCUAAUUUUCUCACCCACAUUCGCUGAAGCGAUGGAGACUCGGGGGCCAGUAGCCAGCCAACCCCGUGGGGACCGGGGUUGUCUGUCAUUUAUGUGGCUGGGAAGCACCCAAAGUGGUGGUCAGGAGGGUUGCUGCUGUGGAAGGGGUCUCCGUUCUUGGUGCUGUAUUUGAAACGGGUGUAGAGAGACGCUUGUGUUUUUGUUUGUAAAGGGGAGAAGCGUGGCCAGGCAGGUGGCACGUGGCAUCGCAUGGUGGGCUCGGCAGCACCUUGCCUGUGUUUCUGUGAGGGAGGCUGCUUUCUGUGAAAUUUCAUUUAUAUUUUUCUAUUUUUAGUACUGUAUGGAUGUUACUGAGCACUACACAUGAUCCUUCUGUGCUUGCUUGCAUCUUUAAUAAAGACAUGUUCCUGGC